CUUUAACCUUAAUAGGCGGCAUGUGAUGAUGAAAUAGCGCAUCUUCAACAAUCUCCAACUCAGUUCAAAAACGAAUGAGCAAGCAUUAGCACAUCGCACGUUUUCUCCUCUCUACCAAACAUCUGGGCAUUAAAACUUAGAUUAUAAAAAUGUCUCAAGACGACGAAACUAUAAAAGAGUUUGUCUCUUUGGGUUUAAGUGAACAAAAAGCUAAAGAAACAUUGAAAAAUGCCAACGUGACGAAAACCCUCAAAGUGAUAUUGAAUGAGGUGAGAGGUAUUGUACUGCCAGAAGGAGUGGGAAUACUUCUGUAUCAUUUGGCAACUAAACUCAAGCCACAGAUGCAACACCAUUUAUCAUUCAUCAUAAAAUACAUCAUUUUGAAGAAGUUAGAUAGUACUUUAAGGGUAGAAAAAGCAAUUGAAUUUACCCUAGCUAAUGUAAACCAGGUCAAUGCUGCUGAAUUUGAAAAGUUCUGUGGUGUGGGCAUUGUAGUUACACCUGAAGAAAUUGAAAAGGUUGUCGAGCAAGAAAUCAAUGCUAUAAAACCAGAAUUGAUCGAGAAGAGGUACAGAUAUAAUGCAGGGCCACUUAUGCAGAGAGUAAGAACUACUUUGCCAUGGGCUGAUGGAAAAGCAGUGAAAAAUGAAGUUGAUUUACAGAUUUUGGACAUUUUGGGAAUAAAAACUAAUGCUGAUCUUGCACCAUUACCAAAAGAAAAGAAGCCAGCUAAACCAUCAAAACCCCAAAAGGAUGUUACCAAAGAAUCUGAGUCUGUUGAAGCUCUUACAAUUAUAGAUGUAAUGAAGAAACUAAACUUCCAUAAACCGGGCGAGAACUUCAAAACAGACGGGUAUGUCCUCACCGAAAAGACUCAUGAUUUAUUAAAAGAGCAUUUAAAAAUCACGGGUGGUAAAAUUCGUACUCGUUUCCCCCCGGAACCGAACGGUAUCUUACAUAUUGGCCACGCUAAGGCAAUCAACAUCAAUUUUGGCUAUGCUGCUGCCAAUAAUGGUACUUGCUACCUGCGCUAUGAUGACACAAAUCCCGAAAAAGAAGAAGAAAAGUUUUUCAUUGGCAUUCGAGAUAUGGUAGAAUGGCUAGGUUACAAACCUGCAAAGAUCACCCAUUCAUCAGACAAUUUUGAUCAAUUAUACCAAUGGGCUGUACAGUUGAUUAAGAAUGGUUUGGCCUACAUCUGCCAUCAGACUGCUGAUGAAAUGAAAGGGUUCAACCCAGAACCAUCUCCAUGGAGGGAUAGACCAGUUGAAGAAAGUUUGCAACUAUUUGAAGACAUGAAAAAUGGAAAAAUUGAUGAGGGUGCUGCAACUCUCCGAAUGAAAAUCACUCUGGAAGAAGGUAAAUUAGAUCCUGUAGCUUAUAGGGUUAGAUUCACGCCUCAUCAUCGUACCGGAUCAAAAUGGUGCAUCUAUCCGACUUACGACUACACUCAUUGUCUUUGCGAUAGUAUCGAAAACAUCACGCAUUCAUUAUGCACCAAAGAGUUCCAAUCUCGUAGAUCUAGUUAUUAUUGGUUGUGCAAUGCUUUGUCUAUAUACUGCCCUGUGCAGUGGGAGUAUGGUAGACUUAAUGUCAACUACACUGUUGUCUCCAAGCGAAAAAUCGCUAAGCUUAUCGAUGAGAACAUCGUCAAAGAUUGGGACGAUCCGAGACUAUUCACUUUGACUGCCCUGAGGAGAAGAGGCUUCCCAGCUGAGGCUAUUAAUAAUUUCUGCGCGCAACUAGGCGUAACAGGAGCUCAAAGUACAGUAGAUCCAGGAAUGUUGGAAGCAUUUGUCCGUGAUUAUUUAAAUAUUCACGCACCUAGAGUAAUGGUCGUGGUGGAGCCACUGAAAGUAAUCAUUAAUAACUUCCCUCAUGCUGGUGUUACUAAAAUACCUGUACCUAACUUCCCCAACAGGCCUGAAUUGGGUAAUCAUGAUGUGUGUUUUAAUCAAAUUAUCUACAUCGAAAAAUCCGACUUUAUGGAAGUCGGAGAUAAGGGUUAUCGUCGUUUGACGAAAACCCAAUCUGUGGGUUUGAGGCAUGCUGGUUAUGUCUUGGAAGUUGUUGAUAUUGUCAAAGCUAACAAUGGAGAUGUAAUUGAAGUGGUUUGCAAAUGUACAGAAGUAGAUAAAGUUACCAGCAAACCAAAAGCAUUCAUACAUUGGGUCAGUGAUCCGGUUAAUGUUGAUAUACGAAUUUACGAAACACUCUUUAAACAUAAGAAUCCGGAAGAUCCCGCUGAAGUUCCCGGCGGUUUUAUUACCGAUUGCAACUUGGAUUCUUUGAAAAUUGCUAAUGGUUUGGCUGAUGCAUCAAUCAAAUCAGCAAAAGUCUAUGAUAAGUUCCAAUUUGAACGAUUGGGAUUCUUUUCUGUUGAUCCGGAUACAACUAGAGAUAGGAUUGUGUUCAAUAAAACUGUUGGUUUGAAGGAGGAUGCAGGUAAAUGAUUGUUUUGUAAUAUCCAUCAUUAAUAAACACAAUUUACCUUGA